AUGCCAAAAACUCACAGUGAUAAAAAGUAUGUACAAAAGUACAUAAAAAAUUGGGAGUUAGAAUCAGUUUUUGAAGAUUGGUUAAAAUCAUCUGAUGGAUCGCCUGAUGGAAAUUCGAAAAAAGCAUAUUGCACCUUCUGUAGCACAGUUCUCAUCACGCACAAAAAAGGACUUAUCGAACAUGCUGCGUCGAAGAAACACAAGACAUACCUGAAAGAUCAAAAUAUCGUUCAAUUGCCAAAAUUUGAUAAAUUUGCGGAAGUGACUUUGACAGAAAAACGAAAAGUAGUUGAGUUGAAAAUUGCAGUUUAUGUGGCAGAGCAUUCCUCCAUAAAAGCCGUCGAUCAUCUUGCUCUUAUGAUUAAAGAGCUUGAUCAGAAUUCUGAAAUUCUGCGAAACGUAAAGCUACAUCGGACGAAAUGUUCAGCUCUAAUAAAAAAUAUUCUGUCACCUUGUAUCGUACAAGAUCUCCUUAAGGACAUUGGAAAUUCAUAUUAUUCAUUGAUUAUUGACGAAUCUACGACGAUCGACGUGACGAAAAUCCUCUGCCUCAUGAUUCGAUAUUUCAGUCAAUCAAAGAAAAAGAUUAUAACAACUUUUUAUCGCUUGAUUGAAAUGACAGCAGGUACCUCUGAUGCUAUUGUCGAAGCUAUCUUGCAGCAAUUGAAGAGUGAUCAUCUAAAGACGGAAAAACUCUUAGGUCUAGGUGUUGAUGGAGCCAGUGUAAACGUAGGUAUACAUCAUUCGAUGACGACGCUAUUGCGGAAUAUCAAUCCAGAUCUUAUCGUGGUUAAGUGCAUUUGUCGUUCAUUACAUCUUGUAGCCGAAAAGGCUUGUAAAGUCUUACCAAGGCAUCUCGAUUUCAUGGUACGCGAAACACACACGUGGUUCUCUAUUAGUAGUAAACGUCAAAUUGAAUAUGCAAAAAUUUAUUGUAUUCUCAAUGAUAAUGCACCUAAAAAAAUUGUUAAGCUAUCGAAUACCCGAUGGUUAGUGAGGCUCCAGGCUAUUAAUGCCAUUCUCAAUCAAUGGGACGAACUACAGCUGCAUUUUAAAAUUACAGCAAAAUUACAAAAGAGAAUUCCUGAUAAUAUGAAAAUACUUAAUGAAAUAUCAACAUUUGCGCCACAAUUCGCAUCAUCACAGGUAAAAGCUGAUAUCACGGAUAUUGUGAGCAAGUUCAGGCGUACUCUGUGCAAUAAUAUUGAUUCAAUUGUGACUGAGUGGAAUUUGCUUCACAGAGCUGAAGUUACCGAAAUUGUUUGA